CCGUCUGGGCGUAAUGUGACUCUUGUCCAUUCCUCCUGCAGUUGUCGGCAACUGAUGUUAUGAUUAUCAGGAAACUCACACAAAUAUCUGCUUAAAAGUUUGCCUAGCGUAUUUGAUAGUGCGUGUCUAUGAUUUGUUACAUCCGGAAAAAUGAAGACACCGACUAUCUGUAUUUUCCAAAGUUUGUAAGAGAUCAUAAUUGUGGGCAUGGUGCUCAUCAUCGUCCUGAUAAAUUGGUCCUUAUGUAGGAUGCUUGAAAGGAAUUGAAGACCAACGCCAUGGGCAAUCAAGACAACUUGGAAGAUGUUUUUGUUGCAGUCAUUCGUCCAAAGAACCAAGUCAGUCUGAGCUCAAAGGAAUAUCGGGCUAAAUCUUAUGAGAUUCUGUUGAUCGAGGUUCCAUUGGAAGGAAAAGAGAAGAAACGGAAGAAGGUUUUACUGGCGACUAAAAUCCAAGCAGAUGGGGAUAAAGCCAAAUCCAUUUUAGAUUAUGUUGAUGAAACAACAAAACCCAUAUCAAACAACCAGGGUUUUAUUGGAAAGCGUGUGGUGCACAUGAAGACAUUUCCUAUUGAUGGGGACAAUGAGGGGAAAGAAGUCUCCCUCUUUAUUGUGCCAAUCAAUGUCAAAGAUAACAGCAAGCCUAUCUACCACCCAGGCUGCCCUAGUUUUUACUGUCUGCACGAUAUCAUGCGUGUGUGUAGCGAGACAAGCACACACUUCUCCCCCAUCACCUCAAAGAUGCUUCUCACUUUAGAUAAGUGGCUGGCUGUGCAGCACACUGUGCCUCACGCCAUUCAAGGUUUGUUCCGGCCCGCUCCAGUGGACCGAGUCAAGACCAACGUGAGUAACCCGGCCUACACCAGCGAGGGCAAGGCCAGCGACGGUGGUCUACACAUGGGCUACACGGCCCUGGAGAUCAAGAGCAAGAUGAUGUCUCUGGAGAAGGCCGACAUGUGCAUUCAUAACCCACUGUACGGGUCAGACCUGCAGUAUACCAACCGGGUGGACAAAGUCAUCAUCAACCCUUACUUUGGCCUUGGUGCCCCUGAUUACUCCAAAAUCCAGAUCCCUAAGAGGGAAAAGUGGCAGCACGGUUCUAACAGUGUGACUGAGGACAAGGAGCACCAGUGGGUGGAUGACUUCCCUCUACAUCGCAGCGCCUGUGAGGGCGACACAGGGCUGCUCACCAAGCUCCUGGAAAGUGGCUUCUCGGUCAAACAGCUGGACAGCGACCAGUGGGCCCCCAUCCAUUACGCCUGCUGGUAUGGUAAAGUGGAGGCCACCAAGCUACUGCUGGAGAAGGGCAACUGUAACCCCAACCUGCUGAAUGGCCAGCUGAGCUCCCCGCUGCACUUUGCUGCAGGAGGUGGCCACUCAGAGAUAGUAAAGCUCCUACUCCAGCAUCCUGAGAUAGACCGGCACAUAGAGGAUCAGCAAAAGAGAUCGCCCCUUGAACUAUGUGAAGAGAACAAGCAGAAUGAAUGGGAGGAGACAGUGAAAGUCCUACAGCAAGCCAGUAAAAAACCAUAUGAGAAAGUGCGCAUCUACCGCAUGGAUGGCUCAUACCGCUCGGUGGAGCUGAAGCACGGCAACAACACGUCGGUGCAGCAGAUCAUGGAGGGCAUGCGGCUGUCGCAGGACACCCAGCAGUACUUCACCAUCUGGAUCUGCUCCGAGAACCUCAACCUGCAGUUGAAACCCUAUCACAAACCCUUGCAACACAUGCGCAUCUGGACAGAGAUAGUCACCGACCUCACUGUCCUGGAUCCACACCGGGAGACCCCGCAGCUUUUCCUCCGCAGGGAUGUGCGCCUGCCCCUCAACGUCGAGAAAAAGAUUGAGGAUCCACUGUCCAUCCUGAUCCUGUUUGAUGAGGCUAGACACUGCCUUCUCAAGGGCUUCUACCCCUCCCUGGACAGCAAGCUCAUCACUCUGGCCAGCCUGCUUCUGCAGAUCAUCUACGGAAACUAUGAGAGCAAGAAGCACAAGCAAGGCUUCUUGAAUGAGGAAAACCUGAAAUCUAUUGUCCCAAUAUCCAAGGUGAAAAGCAAAGGACAUCAUUGGACAAACAGGAUUCUUCAUGAGUAUAAGAGCCUCAGCACGAGUGAGGGUGUCAGCAAAGAGAUGCACCACCUCCAGAGGCUCUUUCUCCAGAACUGCUGGGACAUCCCUACCUAUGGCGCCGCCUUCUUUACGGGCCAGGUCUUCACCAAGGCUAGCUCCAGCAACCACAAAGUCAUCCGCGUCUUCGUGGGUGUCAACACUAAGGGCCUGCACCUCAUGAACAUGGAGACCAAGGUCCUUCUUAUCAGUCUGGAGUAUGGCUCUUUCAUGUGGCAGCUUGGACAUGCUGAUCAGUACUUUCAGAUUCACAGUCUGGACAACAAGAUGAACUUCAUUGUGCACACCAAACAGGCUGGCCUCAUUGUUAAACUGUUAAUGAAGUUGAGUGGAAACAUUACUUCAAAUGAAAAAAGUUUAACAGACAAAUAUGCAUAUGGGUGACUCACUUUCAAAGAACAUAUUAUUCUUGUGUACUUUUUUGUCAGUUGUUUUGUUUGCUUUUGUAGUCCCAUGCUUUUUUGGGAAAAGUCUGUUUUCACCAAAUAGAUUUUGUAUCACAAAAGAACAUCUAUUUUUAAGUCUUUACAUUUUGUUGAUUGGAAAUUAAGGUUUGUUGUAUUUUACAAAUAAUUUCAUGGACUCUUUUGUUCAUGGUUGUAAAUAAUGUAUUUAAUGCUUCAUUUUAAUAAAAUGAAUAAUAUA